UUUUUUCAUGAAAACACUGUGAUGGGAAACUGAGCACAUCGAGAGUCCCCCUGCAGGGCACACUGGCCUGCAGCCCCUGAUCUGCAGCAAAUCAAGCUGCACGUGCUGAUGUCCAGAGUGGGGCGGGGCCUUCUGGGUCCUCCGUGAGGGGGGCGGGGAGGUAGCUGGCACGGAUUGAGGGUUCCAUGUGACAGGCCCUCUGAUGAACCAGUCACAUGCUUUUAUUCAUUUAAUUGACCCAGAGUAGGUAUAGAGACAUUGGACAGAAGGGGAAACUGAGGUUCUAUUGAGUAGCUCGCCAUGAUCAUCCAGCUAUGAAGGCUCUACUCCUUGUCACUCUGAGUGUCCAUCUCAUCUCACCCUUCUAUAUCCUUCUGGCACCUCCUCCUUCCUUCCCCUGUUCCGGCCAUGACCUUCCCGGCUCACCGUCUUCCAGUCCACACACCUGGCUGCCGGGCAGGCAGGGCUCAGCCACAUCCAGGCUGUGCUCUGACAGGGGCACCACGUCCAGGCUCACAGAGAGGAGGAGGGGCUUCUGGGAGACUCAGACAAACUUCCACUUGCUGCUUUCCAGGUGGGGGAACUGAGACCCAGAGAGGGCACAGGCCUGACCCGGGUCACGUGGUUGGAACCCCCAUGGCUCCUCUUCUCCAUAAGCUCUCUCUGAUGCAGUCAAUGGAUUCAAAGCAUUCAAGUUGUCUCUUAGUCUUCGGUGGAAUCUCAGGGUUGGAAGCUGCUAACCAGUCUCCCAGGCCAGGAAAAUCCUCACUCAGCUCCACAGGUCCUGAGCCUCAGCCCUCACAGGGCCCUGAGCCUUUUCCAGGCAUCUGACUUAAUCUGCCUCCGAAACUGGAUCUUUCUCUGGCGGGUCCUCAGAGAAGACCACUGCUGUACUGGUUACUGUGACGUGCCUGACCAUCACAGCACCAUGCCCACCCGGAGGACAUCCCCAGAAGUGGAUGCCAUCUGCUGGGUGUUCUGGCUCCUCCGCCUGCCGCAGCUCUUCUGCACCUGCGUGGCCUUCUCGCUUGUGGCCGACAUGGGCAUUUGGAGAGGGGCCGUAGGUAACUGGGCCAUGUCCUUCUGGUGCGUCUGUUUCGCCAUGACCCUCAUCAUCUCCAUAGUCGAGUUAUACAGGCGCUGGUCUGACUUUCCUUUCUUCUGGCACAACAUCUGCGUCACCUACACAUGCUACGCUGCCCUCAUCUGCCUCUCAGCCUCCAUCAUGUACUCCAUCACCCACGUCCAAUUCCUGCCUUAUGGUCCUUACCGGGACCGGGCCAUCGCCGCCACUGCUUUCUCCUGCAUUGCGUCUGUGCUGUAUGUUGUAGAAGUGGCCGGGUUGUGGGCUUGGUAUGAGCUCAAGGAGAUCUUCUUCUAUGAGCACACCACGCGAGCCCUGCUGAAGGUGCUGGAGACCUUCGUGGCUGGUGUCAUCUUUGCCUUCCUCAGCAGCACCUCCCUGUACCUGCACCAGCCGGCCCUGGAGUGGUGUGUGGCCGUGUACUCCAUCUGCUUCAUCCUGGCAGCUGUGGUCCUCCUGCUGGGCCAGGCUGAAUGGAAAUACAUGCCGCCCAGGCCCUUCUCCAUUUUCCAGCUAGUGCUCAGCCUGUUCUCCGUCCUCCUCUACAUCAGCGCUCUGGUCCUCUGGCCGCUCUAUCAGUUCAGUGAGGAGUUCGGCGGACUGCCCCAGCGGUUCAUGGACAUGAGCUGCAGUGAUGAGCUCUCCUACGACAUGUGCGCCUGGGACCAGUGCCUGGCUGUGGCCGUCCUGACAGCCAUCAACCUGCUGGUUUAUAUGGCCGACCUGGGGUACUGGGCCCGCCAGGUUUCUGUAGGGACUGAGAAUGUCUCCAGUGCUCCUAAUUCUGUCCAGUCCCAUCUGGUGACUUCACAGAGUGAAGACAUCCUGUGACGUCCUCUUCCUGGCUCCCCUCUCUCCCUCCUCACAUCCUUCCCCAUUCAUCCCACUCUCUUUAUGUUUCCUUCCCUCCUCCUGCUGUGUCUCCUUCUUGUUUUGUUGCCCACACCCUGUUUUGCCUCUUUCUCUUGCUUCUCUCAUCUUUAUUAUAUUUUUUGUUUUUUGCCCCUCUUCCAUUCAUGCUUGGCUUUCUCAUCUCCUGUGUCCUGACCACCUCUCCCCAUCUUCCUUCUUCUGAUCCAUCAGGACCUGAGACUCCUUCCUUCUCUGCCCACCACCCCCUCUCACCUCCUAAGGUGCUGACUCCACAGCGCACAGCCCUCUGUGCAGCUGUUCAUACCCUGAGCCUCCGGAGGGGCCUCAUUGCCAAAGCGUGUCUGUCCCCCUGGCAGUGCCUUACUGGUGUGGUUGGGGGAGUUUACGGGGUGUGGGUGGGUAGGAAGGGAUUGGGCUUUUUUUCUCCCAGUGGAGCAACUGUAUAGCGCACCUCCCCUUUGAGUUAAAAAAGGAUCUCUGAAGGUCAAUAAUCUCUAGUGGGCGAGAUUCUUGCAUGAGAUACUCUGGAUUCCUUUCCCCCACUUGGUGCUCAGUCCUCCAAGAGAUUGGCUCCAGGAUUUUUGUAAGCUCACUAAACAUCCGUUGCUUAGAGGGCAUCUCAGAGGAAGCCAGGGGUAAAUGCCUUCCAUCCCAACUACUCUCUGGGGAAUUAAAAAAAAAAAAAAGAGCUGAUGAGGAACCCCAGGGUUUGAAGACACCUGUCUGCAGUGUUUAAGGGCCAUCGAUGUGGUCCCCCUGACUCAGUGAUCAAAAACAGCAGAUCCUGCCUCUGCAGGGAGAAGAGCAUGGACGCUGCCAACCUUAACGCUGUAGUUUGUCUGGGUGUUUUGUUUUCCAUUUUUUUCUUCUGUUCUGGACGCCACAAACUACUGAGUGACUCUGUUCUUCAAGAGAAAGUUUCAAAUUUUCUUGGGCAGCUGGUUUGUAGGGGAUGGGGUUGCUGCUUCCAUUGUCAAAGGAACUGUAUUGUUUGAACGUGAGGGGACACAUACGUGUGUUUUUCUAUGUCAGUUGCUUUUUGAUGUUGCUUCCUGCUUCUCUGGGACUCAGGCAUCAUUUGAACUAUAUAAAUGUGCACAAUUUAAAAAGA